CCCACAGAACAUUUGAGGCAACUUCCAAACCACAUGUGCAGCCUAUCUGAGAAGCACUGCCUGCACCAUGUUCAGAUGGGCACAGGUUCUCGUUUUAUGUGACUUUCUCCCCUGGUAAUGAUUUUUACGAAGCCGCCGGCUUUGUUUGAGACUAUGUGACCCCUGCUAGAAACAAACCAAAGACAUUAAUGAAGCGCAUUUGGGCGUAGAGACAAGUUGGCGUCCACAAGCGGCGCUUGUUUCUCCUCGACUGCAAAAUGGAGAGCACGACAGGAAAUGCCACGUGUACACACUGCGCAUGCUCGACAAUUUCGACGUUGAUCCUUCUUGGGUGAUCCCAAUUUCCGGUUUGUACACGACUGCUUUCGCCUAGGCCUUGCUAUUGCCGUAGUGUCACUUGCGACGGGGACUUUUCGUCCCGCAGCCAUGGCCGUGUGAUCGAGCAAGACAGACAGUCACAUUUUUCAAGACAAACCCAGGCCGCCGGCACGAGGACGUUUGUUUCUUAACCCAGCGACUCGUUCCACAACCAGUAGGAUAAAAGGAGAAGAAGAAGAGGCUAAUCGCUCACCCAAGCUAACCGCUCCCAAUCGGAACCCGGUGACCGUUUUCAAGAUGUCAACUGCGGGCUUCAACGGCCAGAAUGUGACUGGACAGCCAUACGUCAACGGUCCUUCACAGAAUCCAGUUGGUGUCCAGCAGCUCCCAGCGGUCAAUUACGGCAUGACACACCAACCCAGCUACAUCCCGAUGCAGGCCAAGGUUGCAGCGCCCCCAGCCCCCGGUCCCGGACUCUAUCCCUCCGGGCCAUACCAGCACAUCCCUCCAGUCAGCUCCCAUCAAUCUGGCCCGCCGCCGCCCUCGUCCUAUCCAGCCCCGCCCAACCAACCUCAUCUCCCCCUUGGUGUCCAGCAGCUCCCAGCGGUCAAUUACGGCAUGACACACCAACCCAGCUACAUCCCGAUGCAGGCCAAGGUUGCAGCGCCCCCAGCCCCCGGUCCCGGACUCUAUCCCUCCGGGCCAUACCAGCACAUCCCUCCAGUCAGCUCCCAUCAAUCUGGCCCGCCGCCGCCCUCGUCCUAUCCAGCCCCGCCCAACCAACCUCAUCUCCCCCGACCCCCUCCGGGCGGCCCCGCGUCCCGCACCCCUCCCCAGUCUGCCGGCCCCAGUCCUGGUCCCCGGCCGCCCCCCGCGCGGGCCACUCCUCCUCCUCCUCCGCCCGCUGCGUCUUUGAGCGGCUACUACCCGAACGCCCAACGUCAGCAGCAGGUUCCAGGGUGGCAGUACAACUCGGCUCCUCCGCCCGCGGGGCCCCCCGCGGCCAUGAACGCGCCGCCCCGGGGCUCGGCGACCAACCACGUGAGCCCACAUGCGCCUUACAGCUCGGCGCCUUCACCCUCCAUGCCCCAGAACGCGGUCCAGCCGCCCGCCUCUCUACAAGGAUACGGCCAGCCAGGUGCCGCUUCUCCGCCAAUGAACCAGGCGGCUUCACAGCAAUACUACUCAAGCAGAGCUCCCUAUGGGCCCCCACCCGUGGGCCCCCCGCCCCCCACCAUGAAACCUGCGGCACCCCCGACGGCCAACGCCACCCCGCCUCCCCCAAAGGCUGACGGUACGCCAUUCUUGUGCUCGAGCGGGAAUUUCCACCAUGUGAGCUUUUGUCUUUCCUUUUUUGUUAUCUGUCGUUUCCCCUCCACCCACAUGCCAGCUCAGUGGGGGGGCGGCAGCACUUUGCCCCUCACCGAGCCCGACGGUCAGGAGGCGGAUGUUGAACCUUCAGGAAUGCUUGCUGGCGUCGGCGCCAAUCAUGUGGACAGCAAACUGGCCGGGCCACCCCAGCACAUCCCGCCGGGUCACCACUUGGGUCACUACCCUUCCUUGCCGCCUGGGUACCAGCAGCCCGCGGCCCCCCACGGCGCCCCCUCGACCAUCUCGCACCCGGCAAUUGACAGCGCCACGCAGCCUUACAGUCAAGCGCCUCGGCCGUACCAGCAGCCGCCCCCCGGGCCCGGCCCGGCUCAGCUCAGCCCGUCCCUGGCAGCCAUGAGUCUGCAGUCCAGCACCCCCGAGAGCCUGCGGGUGGUCAACCUGCUCCAGGAGCGCAACCUGCUGCCCCCGGGCCCGGUGCCCGCCCCCACGCCCUGCCUGCCCCAAGACCUGCAGAAGAUGAACUGCAGCCCUGAGGUCUUUCGCUGCACGCUGACCAGCAUCCCCCAGACGCAGUCUCUGCUCAAUAAAGCCAAGAUGCCGCUGGGCCUCCUGCUGCACCCCUUCAAGGACCUCUCCCAUCUCCCCGUGGUGACGUCUAGCGCCAUCGUCAGGUGUCGCUCCUGCCGGACUUACAUCAAUCCGUUCGUGUCCUUCCUGGACCAGAGGAGGUGGAAGUGCAACCUGUGCUAUCGGGUCAACGAUGUUCCAGAGGAGUUCAUGUACAAUCCAGUCAGUCGAUCCUACGGAGAACCACACAAGCGACCCGAAGUGCAGAACGCCACCAUCGAGUUCAUUGCUCCUUCAGAAUACAUGCUGAGGCCGCCGCAGCCGGCCGUGUACCUCUUCGUCCUGGACGUGUCUCACAACGCGGUGGAGACGGGCUACCUGAAAGUCUUCUGUCAGUCGGUGCUUGACAACAUCAACGCGCUCCCCGGAGACGCGCGGACAAAAGUCGGCUUCAUCACAUUCGACAGCACCAUUCACUUCUACAACCUCCAGGAGGGACUCUCCCAACCUCAGAUGCUCAUCGUGUCGGACAUCGAAGAUAUCUUUUUACCCACACCCGACAGCCUUUUAGUCAACCUCAACGAGAGCAAAGAGCUGGUGCAGGAUCUCCUGAAGAGCUUGCCCACGUUAUUUGAGAAUACCAUGGAGACUCAGUCGGCGCUGGGCUCAGCGCUGCAGGCCGCCUUCAAGCUGCUGUCGCCCACCGGCGGCCGCUUGUCCAUCUUCCAGACGCAGUUGCCCAAUCUUGGCGUCGGGGCGCUCCAGUCCAGGGAGGACCCCAACCAAAGAGCGUCCGCCAAGGACAUCCAGCACUUAUCCCCAGCGACGGACUUCUACAAGAAGCUGGCGCUGGACUGCUCGGGGCAGCAGGUGGCCGUCGACCUGUUCCUGCUCAGCUCUCAGUACUGUGACUUGGCGUCUCUCGGUUGCAUAUCGCGCUACUCCGCCGGGAGCGUCUACUACUUCCCCUCCUACCACCACCAGCACAACCCCGCCCAGGUGGAGCGCUUCCAGAAGGACCUGAAGCGAUACCUGACGAGGAAGAUCGGCUUUGAGGCCGUCAUGAGGAUACGCUGCACCAAAGGGCUGUCCAUUCACACGUUCCACGGCAACUUCUUUGUGCGCUCCACCGACCUGCUGUCGCUGCCCAACGUCAACCCGGACGCCGGCUAUGCCGUGCAGAUGUCCAUCGAGGAGAACCUGGACGACAUGCAGGUGGUCUCCUUCCAGGCUGCGCUACUCUACACCUCAAGCAAAGGAGAGCGGAGGAUCCGCGUGCACACCCUGUGCCUCCCGGUGGUCCACUCCCUGUCGGACAUCUUUGCCGGCGCCGACGUUCAAGCCAUGGCCGGCCUGCUGGCGUGCAUGGCCGUGGACCGCUCGGUGACGGCCAGCUUGAGCGACGCCCGGGACGCCAUGACCAACGCCGCCAUCGACUCCCUGUCGUCGUACCGACAGUCGAGCAGAACGAAGACGCUAAGCCAGAAAGCAUUCCGGACGGGCACCAGCACCAGGCUGGACGACCGCGUGGCCUCCAUGUGUCAGCUCAAGUACCAGCCGCUGGCCUACGCCAUGCUGACCAUCCACCCCGCGUUGUACCGCGUUGACGAUCUGACCGACGAGGGCGCCUUGAACGUCAACGAGCGGACCGUCCCUCAGCCGAGGGUGCUGCAGCUGUCCGUGGAAAAGCUGAGCAGGGAGGGAGCCUUCCUCAUGGAUGCUGGAACGAUCAUGUAUCUGUGGAUCGGACGCAAUUGCAACCCCAACUUCCUCACUCAAGUCCUGGGUGUCCCCAGCUACGCCGCCGUGCCUGAUAACCUGUACUUUCUGCCAGAGCUGGACACUGCCGAGUCUCAGAGGACCAGAGCGUUUGUGGGCUGGCUGAGGGAGCAGAGGCCCUUCUUCCCCUCGCUGCACAUCAUCAGGCCCGAGAGCCAGCUGAAAGUAGCGUUGAUGCAGAACAUGAUUGAGGACCGCACCGAGUCGGCGCUGUCCUACUACGAGUUCCUGCUUCACCUGCAACAGCAGAUCUCCAAAUGAGCCGUUUGUGUGCGUGCAUGUGGAAAGAGCAGAAGUGCAUGAUGGACACUUUCAAUUUAGCCUUGGAGGUGAUCCAAUAAAGAAAUGUGUGUAUGUAUAUAUUUGUGUGUGUGUGUGUGUGUGUGUGUGUGUGUGUGCGCGCGCGCGCGCGCGUAUACAUGCAGAUAUAUACGUAUGCAUAUACAUAUAUGUGCGUAUAUAUGUGUGUGUGUGUGUGUGUGUGUACAUGUACUAUAUGUAUGUAAAAGAUGGAAAGUAUCAGUUUUUAUUCUCAUAGAACAAUAAUGUCCAAAGUUGAGGUAUGGCUCAGAUGUGAGCUCGUUGAUGGCAAAAGCACAGAACGUUUCCUCGAACACGUCACAUGUAUGCAAGUUUGUGUGUUUGUGUGUGUGUGUGUGUGUGUGUGUGCGUGCGCGCUUUCAGGCUAACCGAGGUGUCCGACUGUUAACAAGUAUUUUCAUCACUUUUUUUUUUCUUUGUGAAGAUUCCAUCUUUCUAUGUGGCGUGCCGAACAAAUGCCAGAAAAAGGCAAAGAAAGCAUCAGGCGCCCACUUGAAUGUUGCGUUGCAAUCUUUUUUUUUUGGCGCCCCUCUCCUGUUUAAUUUAUGAGCCUCCCAAUAUAAUUAAAAUUCAAUGAUUGCCUUGAAGGGGAACUCUACUUUUACUACCAAGCUUCCUGUUGAAACCCAGACAAUAUAUGUAAAAUAUUUUAAUAUAAUAGAAUACAGGAAUAUUUUUUUUGUUCAUGAACACAAGACCUAACAGAAAAAGCCAUUGUGAUCUUUUAAUCAUGCUUAUUGAUACUUGUUUAUUGAAAAUACUGCAUUAUAUCAAUGGUGGAGAGAUGCUAAUAAAAUUUUAGUAUGACAGAUUAGGUGACAUGUCAAUGAAAUAAAAUGUUUGGGACUUUUUAAAUGUAGUGGGCUUUUUGGGGGGCAGUGACGGAGUUAACGGUCUGAAAUAUGUGGACCAAAUUAGUCACUUUUUUCCUCCCCUUGUGUGAGUUGAUCAUUUGUAAUUGUUGUACAGUCUUAUAAAAAGCAAAACCUAUUUAGAAAACAAGCGAAUAGGGUCGAAAUUGUCUGAUACAAAAAAAAUAAAUACUCUGCUUACUCAAG